AUGAACGAUUUGAUCGCGCAUUUGGAGCUCAAAACGGGUGCUGACUGUUCACCACUUGAAGGUGCUGCCUGUGGAAGCAUAGCAGGAGCAUUUGCUGCCGCACUGACCACCCCUCUUGAUGUAGCAAAAACUCGGAUUAUGCUUUCAAAAUCGGAAAAAGCUCCAACCAUAUUGAAGACUCUCAAUGAGAUAUAUACCACUCGUGGCUUCCCAUCACUGUUUUCUGGUAUCGUACCACGUGUUCUGUGGAUGACAGCAGGCGGUUUCGUUUUCUUCGGAGCCUACGAAACUGUGCUAGCGCUAUCUUAUUGGGUACGUCCAGAUAAGAAGAAGAAAAAUUUGCAUGAACCUCCAUUAGUACCAUAG